UUACAUCUUCUAGAGAGUUUAUCUGUUAAAACACAUAAAUUUAAGUAUGUUGUUAAUCUGUAAGUGUUAAUAUGGGUGUUAGAGGCUUAACCACGUAUAUAAAUUAUAAUCAAAAUGCGUUUCUCCGUGACCACCUUCUCCACGAUACAAAUCUCGUGAUAGACGGACAUAGUUUGUGCGCCCAGUUAUACCGGCUACUGAACAGCUUCUCGGCCUUCGGCGGGGACUACGACAAGUUCGCAGCGUACGUUAAAACCUUCUUUAAGAACCUGCGAAAAUGUAACAUUACGCCUUAUGUCAUUUUCGAUGGCGCGUAUGAGAGACGUAAGUUGAAAACCGCAUACAGCCGUCUCAAAGCCAGGAUUAGAGGAGGGUCUCAACUGGAUCCAAUAACACAGAGCAGUCUUCAGAUCUUCCCUAUACUAUUAAGAGAUACAUUCCGAGAUGUUCUUGUUGAAAUGGAUAUAGCAUACACAGUCUGCGAAUUUGAAGCCGAUGAUGAGAUAGCUGCUAUGGCCAGACAUUUAGACUGCCCAGUGUUGAGCUACGACUCUGAUUUCUUCAUUUACAAUGUCCUGUACAUACCGUUUAAUACUGUAGAGCUGAAACCAACACCGAUCGGGACAAAAGAGAAUGGAGAAAAAAUAAAUGCCUUAGAAUGCAAAAUGUAUAAAGUGGAAUAUAUGCUGAAGCAUUUUGGUGGGUUGGAAGAUGAGCUCCUUCCUCUAUUGGCAACCUUACUGGGUAAUGACUAUGUUCAAAAAAGAGUUUUUAACAAAUUCUUUUCCCAAUUGAAAUUGCCGAAGAGUAAAAAGAAAAAGAAUGAACAGCAAAGAUGCAUUCACGGCCUAUUCAAGUGGCUGCAAAAUGAGACGCUGGAAUCUGCUAUUGCUAAAAUACUCGGUAGGAUGAAGAAGAAUCAGAAAGACCGAGUUUUUGCCACAAUCAAAAGAAGUAUUGAAGGAUAUAAUAAGAAAACUUGCAUUUCAUUAAAAUAUUUUAACAUCGGGUACAGUGAUGACACUGAGUCUAUCGCUGAGCUGAAUAUGCCUGAAUGUGAUGAGAAUGAGACAGAACAACAAGUAGAAGAGGAAAAUGAGUCAUCAGAUGAUGAUGAUGAUAAUAAAUCUUCAUCAUCAUCAGAAGAGAGUAUCGAAGAUGAACAACUAGUUCUUGGUCUACCAGAAUGGUUUGCAGACAGAAUAAGAACGAAUCUUGUACCGCAGCCGUAUCUCAACUUGUUUGUUCACCAUCUCCACCUAUCCGCUCCUCAAGCAGAAGAUUACACUGAUGAAGACUCGUUCAUAUGUGCCUUACUGAUUAUGAGAUAUGCUUUCGACUUGUUAACAGACUUUUCCGAAGACUAUUGCAUAUAUGUUAGUAGAGAUGGCCUUAACUACAAGAGAAUAUUUGUGGAUAAAGAAUAUUCUAUAAGCCGACUCUUUGAUGUACCAUUUUAUGAAUUGACAGAAGAGCAAUUAAAAAAAUGUUUUGUACAUUUUAUUGAACAAAAAAUGCCUAAGUUAGACUUAGCUGUGUUGGACAAUUUGCCAUCUAAUUUCCGGAUAUAUUUGAUAGCUAUAUUGUGGUGGGUUCUUCAAACUAAGCCUCCAUUAGCUCAUGUCCUAAGUUUAUUAACAUGUUAUGUAACAUUGGAGGUAAUUGAUGAGAAAACAGGCACUUUCCGGGGACAUAAUCACUUUAACAACAAGUACUCAAAGAAAAUAGAAGAACUGAAGAGGUUACCAGUUACAAAUAAUGACGAUGAGAUUUUCUUAAAUAAAAAUAAGGUCCAAUAUGAAGACUGUUUAUUGUCUGCCAGUGUUUUGCUCAAGCAUUUUGAAAUAGAUGCAAGCAUAAAAAAGAAACCUAAGAGUUAUGACACAAAGAAAAUGCAUUCUUUUGCAAGGUUUCAGUGUUGCCUGCUGCAGUUAAAUUCUUUAAAUAAUCUAUGCCAUUAUCCCUAUGAGGCCACUAAAUAUUCGAAAAGUUACAAUGGCACUUUUAUCUACAAUAUUGCUUUGGCAUUGGAACAUCAAAUGGAGCCUUAUGCAUAUUUACAACAAUAUAUAAAAGGUGCUGGUGUACUGAGGUUUUUGAAAAAUUUGUAUGAAAUAUAUGAAAAGUGUGCAGAAGCCAUGGAUUUGGAAACAACAAAAUGGACGGGGAAGAAACGGGAACGUCGGAGACGGAAACAUGUAGCCAAGGAUUCAGAUGAUGAUUUUAAUCAUUUUGGUGCAAAGGGUUUUGAAUCGGAAGUUUUUAUAUAAAAA